UUGGGCAGGAUCGGCAGUUUGACGGAGUCGGAAGACUCAACCGAAGAUGGCAGUGACCCGGACCGACCUAAGUCGACUGGACAUGCUGGCCUGGAUCAAUGAGUCUCUGCAGCUGAAUGUGACAAAGAUCAAACAGUUGUGCUCAGGGGCUGCCUAUUGUCAGUUUAUGGACAUGCUAUUCCCUGGCUCCAUUGCCUUGAAGAAAGUGAAAUUCCAAGCCAAGCUAGAACAUGAAUAUAUCCAGAACCUCAAAAUACUGCAAGCAGGUUUUAAGAAGAUGGGAGUUGACAAAAUAAUUCCUGUGGAUAAAUUAGUGAAAGGAAAAUUUCAGGACAAUUUUGAGUUCGCGCAGUGGUUCAAGAAAUUUUUUGAUGCAAACUAUAAAGGAGAAGACCAUGACCCUGUAGCUGCCAGACAAGGUCGAGAAACUGCAGGCACUCCUUCCCUGGUUGCUGCAGCUCCCAACAAACAGAAGAGACCCCUCCACUCCAGCAGUGCGGCUCCCCAGAGAACCGUUUCAACACGGAAAACUACCGCAACUCCCAAGGUCGCCCCAGGGGUGGUGCGAAAGAAUCCUGGUAUGGGAGACGGCGACAGCAAAGCAGCCGAAUGGAUGCAGCGGGUCAACGUAUUGAAGCAUACUGUAGAAGGUUUGGAGAAAGAGAGAGAUUUCUACUUCGGAAAGCUGAGGAACAUUGAAUUGAUUUGCCAGGAGAAUGAGGGGGAAAGUGACCCCAUACUGCAGAGGAUUGUAGACAUUCUCUAUGCCAGAGACCAAGGCUUUGUGACAUCCAAUGAAGGGGCCCCAAAGGAGGAACAAGAAGAGUUUUAACAACCUACACCAGCAGAGCAACUAGAAUUAACAUCUAGUUGAUUCCCCUGGGAAACAAAAAAAAAGUUGACCAUGGGUGGGGCUCACCUUGAGGAUGGUGGUCAACUGAUUGCUGGAGGUAUUCUGAUGUAAUCCGCUGAGGUGGAGACUUCAGUAGAGAAAUAUAAAGACCAACUUGAGUUUUAAACUAAUGUGAAAUCUUGUCAGAGAAUGUUUCAAUAAACAAAUGCCUUAAGAAUA